CCUACCCUCUCCCUCCUGGUGGUCUCAUUAAGGGAAAUGUAAACAAAACCUUAUUACAUGACGUAAAUCUUGUAAUGGCGCAUGUUAGUUACAAUAUCUCGAACAUCCUGUCAGCUUAUGUAACCCAUUGUGACAUAAAGGACAAAACAUAUGCAUGGCUGCAGGCACGGCUCGAUGAUUUAGUUUCUGAUUAUAAAGGCAGACUUGCCGUUCAAAUUCCACCCGUACGCUCUAAGCGAGACUUGUUCGGAGAUGUUACAGGUCUUUUCGGUUCAGGUAACUCUAUUGCAAACACCUAUAAAAUAACAAAACAAUCUCAAUACUCAGCAUGGUUGGCAAAUCAAGUGGCCACUGGUUUCCAACACCUCACUAAUAGCAAUGAGAAUAUCAUUAAGGCUGUAAGGUCCGAAGCGCAGGCGCUUCUUGCCAUCAGCCAUUCAUUAUUCAAUCAGACCCGUACCAUCGAGCGUGCCUUAGCCUGCAGAACAUAUGCUCAGGAUCUGUUUACUGCUGCCAGACAAGAGAUUUUAGACCUUCGUCUGCGCAAACCCCCGAGGCAUGUUCUAAAUGAUUUGAUAGAAACUUUAGACCUGCACAGGUGGAUUGUGUCAGAAAAAAUGAAAGACAUAAAGCAUGCCGAAUUAUUGACAACUUUUAUGAUGUACACAGGGACUGAAUGUGUGGGAUGUAUUGGGUUCUUUGUUUCUUUUCCUUUAAUUCACCCAGAACAGGUGUACCCAAAUUCCACUACCAUACGCUCUAUCGGCGUAGUAGUGAAGAAUCAGAUUCUAAAAUUAGAUCACCUUACCGGGUAUAUCACUAUGAGGGGCACAGAGACCAUAUUCACCACUCGCAUGUGUUGUCAUGAAACCUCUAGCUAUAUCAUCUGUACCUGUAACACCUUGCAACCUUUUUCUCCCAAUGAUACCAAAUUCAUUAGUGUGCAGUCUUUGCAUGGCCACGCUGACGCUAUCCAGGUUUCCCACACACAAUGGUGCGUCAUCAGCGAGAUGAACUCUUUCUCGUAUGGAGGUCUGACCUGUCCAGCAAACCACACUUUCUGCUUGGAAGUGACGGAAGAUUUGGCCAUGGGUCAGAUCAACAUUCUAGGCCGAGUUCCACUGGAGGUAGACGUCUCCCCGUGGUGGGAGGACACAUUCUACGAACAAGGAACGCGGGCCCUGACUGACCUAAUGAGUUUGGUAGAACAGAUCAUUCGUGACACCAAUUACCACAUCAACCAGGCUCAGGUGGAGGUGAAUCUGGCCAAAAGAACAGCGGAGAUCCUGGCCAGCUCCUCUACCCGGUCCGCCCAGGACGCGUACACCUGGUGGGAUUGGGUGUUCCGAGGGUGCGUCAUCGCCAGCGCAGUCAUCUUUACCAUCACCCUGGUUCAAUGCUGUUAUUUUCGACACCUAAUACACUCUCUGCGCACCUCCACUCAUGCUGCUUUGGUUCUCAGCCCCCUCCAGUUGCCAGCGAGACCGGGCUUGAGACCAUAAACACCGGACCUAGACUGCUGUCAAAGUUGGGCAUUUUCAGUGACCCCUGGGACAGCGUUCUGUUUGUCCCACGGGGCCAGAGAGGGGAAUCUGUAAGGCCCACGGGAACAGGCAUAGAGUGGAAUUUCCUCUCUGACUGUCGUAAAGCAAUUCGCCAGGUGCAGAGUCUGAUAUUGUCGGGACAGAGUGACCCGUAAG